AUGCCCUGGAAAUCCCGCUGGACAACCGAAAUCCCCGUCUGCUCCCUCUCUACCUACCUCUUCCAAUCCCCAGACGGCCCCUUACCAGACAAGCCCGUCCUCCUCGACGCCGCCAAACCCGAGUACCACCUCACCCACCACACCUACCGCGAAUGGAGCAAACGCCUCGCCGCUGGUUUGCUCGCCAAUGGUUUCCAACCGGGCGAUCGCCUCCUCUUGUAUUCAGCCAACUCCAUCUUCUUCCCUGUCAUCAUCCAAGGAACUCUCAUGGCCGGCGGAAUCUUCACCGGCGCCAACCCGAACUACGUCGCCCGCGAACUAGCCUACCAACUCCAAGACUCCGGCGCCUCCAUCCUAAUCACCGGUGAAAGCAGCCUCCCCACCGCCCUCGAAGCUGCGUCCAGUAUCUCCUUCCCCAAAGACAAAAUCUCCAUCAUGGGCUCCGGCCACGAAGUCUUCGAAUCCCGCUGCCACCCCACUAACAACAUUCAACACUGGACAACCCUCCUCGCCUCUCCCGAAGCAGGCAAAACCCAUCGCUGGGAGGAUCUGAAUACUUUAGAGCAAACCCACCGCACAGCAGUCCUCAACUACUCCUCCGGCACCACCGGCCUCCCCAAAGGCGUCGAGAUCAGCCACCGCAACUACGUAAGCAACUGCGCCCAAACAGCUUUCACCGCCCGUCUCUCGCCCACUUACGACUCCUACCUCUCCCGCGCCGUCGGGUUAGGGUUUCUACCAAUGUAUCACGCCUACGGCCAAACCCGCCACGGAGUCUCGAAUGUUCUGUUAGGGAUUCCGACGUACAUAAUGCAGAAGUUCGAGUUUGGAAGGAUGCUCGAGUACGUAGAGAAGUAUCGCGUGACGGCGUUGAAUCUCGUGCCACCCGUGGCCGUGGCGUUGACGAAGCGGGAGGAGGUGGGGAGGUUUGAUUUGAGUUCGGUGGAGCAGGCGAUGGUGGGGGCGGCGCCGUUGGAUCCGGCGACGGUGAAAGAUUUUGAGCGGGUGUUUGGGUGGAGGGUGGUGUUGAAGCAGGGGUGGGGUAUGACGGAGAUCACUUGCUCAGCAUGUGGUUGGGAUCCUAGGAACGGCACCGAAGCCAGCCAAGUCGGCGAGUUGAACGCCAAUAUCGAAGCUAUGAUCGUCGAUGACGCGGGAUUAGAAGUCGGCGAAGGCGAGCGAGGAGAGCUUUUGGUGCGAGGACCGAACGUAAUGAAAGGGUAUUGGAGGCGGCCAGAAGCGACGAGGGAGACGGUCACGGAGGACGGGUGGCUCAGAACAGGCGACGUCGCGGUCAAGCACCCAGAGGGCACGCUUUCGAUCGUCGACCGCAAGAAGGAAUUGAUCAAAGUGAAAGGCAAUCAAGUGGCGCCAGCGGAAUUGGAAGGAGUGUUGUUGGAACAUCCGGGUGUGGUGGAUGCUGCGGUGAUCGUCAUGCUAACCAUAGCCGUGAUUCUCAGAAGAGGCGAAGAACUUCCGAGAGCAUAUGUCGUGAUAUCCGAGUCUCAGCCGGGCAAGCCAGAAGAGAUCGCAUCGUGGAUGUCGCAGCGUGUUGCGCCGCACAAGCGUUUAGCGGGUGGUAUCGUGGUCGUGGACGAGGUUCCCAAGAACCCUUCUGGCAAGAUACUAAGAAAGAUACUGCGUGAACGAGCGAAGGCGGAAGUGGGUGAUGGUGCGAGGAAGGAGAGUAGACUGUAG